GUAUUUGAGAUAUAUUUAAGAAGGGAAUGAGUGUGAAUUCUGCUCAACUGCAGUGUUGAAUUUCACUGUUUAAAGAUGAAUGUACAGCUUGUGCCAUUUUUCAUCGUCUGUCUGCUUUCCACUGUUUGUAGUGAAGGCUCAGUAGAAUUCUGCUAUAACUCGCCAGAAUGCAAUGCAACCACAUGGCCUACUAUAGCACCACUCCAUUGCAAUGGCACUCGUCAGUCUCCUAUCAAUAUUGUGACUGCUGAUGUGAAGGCUGAUAGUAACCUGACAGCCUUCAGCUUCACUGGCUUUAAUGACAACUCCACCCUCCUAAACAUUCAAAACACUGGAAAGUCAGUGAAAAUCCUUCUUGAUGAUCAAAAGAUGAGCGUGUCAGGAGGAGGCCUUCAGAACACGUACAAUUCCAAAGAGUUCCACAUUCACUGGGGCAACGGCUCCUCUUUCAGUGGAUCUGAACACACUGUGGAUGGCAAACAAUAUGCAAUGGAGAUGCACAUAGUAAAUCUUAGGGCUGAUGUAUCCGUGGCUGCUGCCAAUGACUCAACAGCAUAUGCUGUUCUUGGUUUCUUCAUUGAAGCAACCAAUGACAGUGGCAAACCAGAGAGCUGGAAGAACCUCACCUCAUUCUUAUCAAAAAUUCCUAAAAAAGGUGACUCACUGGACAUUAUGAAUCAACUUACUGUAGAUAGUCUGCUUGAAGGAGUGGACCGGACUAAAUAUUACCGUUACCUUGGCUCUCUGACUACACCAACGUGUAAUGAAAUUGUGGUAUGGACUGUAUUCAAAGACCCAGUCAAAAUCAGCAAAGAUUUGAUUGAUCUUUUCAGCAACACAGUGCACAUUGAUACAACUGCCGAUCCUUUCAUCAACAACAACUACAGAAUACUUCAGGCUCUAAAUGGCAGGGUUGUGACAUCCCAACCAACUUCAUCAGCAAGCACACUUCAUCGCACUCUGUCCAUCAACACAGUGCUCCUCUACUCUGUAUUUUUGUUGGUCUUUGUAGUCCCUGUCUACCAAGACAACAGUGUGAUAAUCAGAGUGUUUGUUUAGUCUAGACACUUGUUUCCACUGAAUGUUUCAA